CCCCCCCCACCCCGGUUUUUUUGGCUGUCCCCCACCUUGCAAUGGCCUCUCUGGAGAAGAUGCUGCCCGGACCGGCCGCGCUGCUCUGCUGCCUCUGCUCCCUGCUGCUCCCCGCCCAGGCCAAGGGCCCAGCCCCCAGCCCCGAGCCCGCCGAGCCCCCCGGUGCCAUCCAGCUGCCCGUGAGCUACCGCCUGUCCAACACCCGCCUGGCCUUCUUCCUCAAGGAGCUGCGCUCCAGCCCUGCGGCCAACGGCAGCGCCGCUCUGCAGCGCUCCGAGCCCUUCGUCGUCUUCCAGACCAAGGAGCUGCCCGUGCUCAACGUCUCCCUGGGGCCCUUCAGCACGGGGCUGGUGCUGCCCAGGGAGCACCUGCAGCCCUCCAGCACGCUGGAGGUGCCCGACCGCCUCACCGUCAACUGGAAGGUGCGCGCCUUCAUCGUGCAGCCGCGGCUGCUGGCCAGCCAGCCCGUGGUGCAGGUGCUGUUCUACGUGGCCGGCCGGGACUGGGACGAUUUCGAGGUGGGCGAGCGGCUGCCCUGCGUGCGGCUGCACGCCUUCCGCGACGCCCGGGAGCUGCGCAGCUCCUGCCGCCUGCGGGGCAGCCUGGCCAUGUGCCUGGUGCAGGCAGAGCUGCCCCACGCCUGGUUCGGCCCCUCGGCGGUGCCGCUGGGCAGGAGGAAGAGCCCCGAGAGCCUGGAGGUUGGGGAGAGCCAGCAGGCCGAGCUGUAUUACACCCUGCACGCCCCCGACGGCGCCGGGCAGUGCCCGGGGGACGCUCGCCGCGGGGCCGGCGGCGCUCGCACCGAGGGUCCCACGCAGCACCCGCUGCUGCGCAUCGGCAGCGUCAGCCUGCUGCAGCCCCCGCCCGGGCCCGCCCUGCAGGAGCACCCCCUGGACGGGAACGUCUUCAUCCGCCUGCCCGACAAGCCCCUGAAACCCGGGGAGGUGCUGAGCAUCCUCCUCUACCUGAUGUCCAACUCCACGGUGGAGCAUUUCACCCUCAGGGUGAAGGCCAAGAAAGGAGUGAACCUGCUCAGCACCAAGUCCAGGAGCGGGCAGUGGCUGGUGAGCUCGGAGCUGCUGACGGGUGGCAAACACUCCACUGCCACUGUUGAUGUGUCCAGGGUGGAUGGGGCUGGACCCAGGGAUGGGGACUCCUCGUCUGAGAUCAUGCAGCUGGAUUUUGAGAUGGAGAACUUCACGAGCCAGUCGGUGACGCGCCGCAUCAUGUGGCACAUCGACUACCGGGGCCGCAACCCCCCGCCCGACCUGGAGAAGGUGGUCACGGAGCUGACGGUCAUCCAGAGGGACAUCAGGGCCAUCGUGCCCCUGGCCAUGGACACGGAGAUCAUCAACACAGCCAUCCUGACGGGGCGCACCGUGGCCAUUCCCGUCAAGGUCAUUGCCAUCGAGCUGAGCGGCGCCAUCGUGGAUGUGUCAGCCAUGGUGGAGUGCAAGUCCAACAACGAGGACAUCAUCAAGGUUUCCAGCAGCUGUGACUACGUCUUUGUGAGCGGGAAGGAGUCGCGGGGCUCCAUGAGCGCCCGGGUCACCUUCACCUACGAGCACCUGUCGGCCCCGCUGGAGAUGACGGUGUGGGUGCCCAAACUGCCCCUGCACAUCGAGCUCUCGGAUGCCCGCCUGAGCCAAGUCAAGGGCUGGAGGGUGCCCAUCCUGCCGGACAGGAGGUCGGUGCGGGACAGCGAGCACGAGGAGGACGAGGACGAGCGGAGGCAGAGCCGGGGCUGUGCCCUGCAGUACCAGCACUCCACGCUGCAGGUCUUCACCCAGUUCCACACCACAGCAGCUGAGGGCACGGGCCAGGUGGUCACCAUGCUGGGGCCAGACUGGCUGGUGGAGGUCACCGACCUGGUCAGCGACUCCAUGCGCGUGGACGACCCGCGGGUGGCUCACCUGGUGGACAGCUCCACGCUGGCCGGGCGGGAGCCGGGCACCACGCUCUUCAAGGUGGUGUCCCCGCUGGUGGAGGCGGUGCUGGGCGAGACGCUGGUGACGGUGGCGGAGGAGAAGGUCAGCAUCACGGAGCUGAGGGCCCAGGUGGUCUCCAGCCUCUCGCUGUCCCUCCACCCCAGCCCUGGCAACAGCCACACCAUCAUCGCCCGCACGUCCGUGCAGCAAACCCUCAGCUUCUUCAAGCAGGAAGCGCUGCUGAGCCUGUGGAUUUCCUACAGCGACGGCACCACGGCCCCCCUGUCCCUGUACGACCCCAAGGACUACAACCUGGCGGUGAGCAGCCUGGACGAGAAGGUGGUGACGGUGAGCCAGGACCGGGCGUUCCCCUUGGUGGUGGCGGAGAGCGAGGGCGCGGGGGAGCUGCUGCGGGCCGAGCUGGUCAUCUGCGAGAGCUGCCAGAAGACCAAGCGCAAGAGCGUGCUCGCCACGGCCCUGGCCACCGUGCGCGUCCACUUCGGCUCCGAGGAGGACCCCACCUACGACUACGAGCACGCGUCCAGCCGGCCGGGGCCGGGGGAGCCCGGGGCCAGCACCACCCUGCGGGCAGAGGUGGACAGGAGAGCGGAGCCCAGCGAGGACGGCCGCGCGUCCGGCGCGUCCCACCCCACCCAGGACUUCCCCACCAUCCCCACCGGCUUCGUGCAGGUGACGCGGGGGCUGACGGACCUGGAGAUCGGGAUGUACGCCCUGCUGGGCGUUUUCUGCCUGGCCAUCUUGGUCUUCCUCAUCAACUGCAUCGUCUUUGUGCUGAAGUACCGGCACAAGCGCAUCCCGCCCGAAGGCCAGACCAACACGGACCAUUCGCACCACUGGGUGUUCCUGGGCAACGGGCAGCCCUUGAGGGCUCACAGUGACCUCUCCCCGCAGCCCGAGAGCCCGGGGAACCCGCUGGAGAACGUGCAGAGCUGCUGCCACGGGGACCACCACAGCAGCGGGAGCUCGCAGACCAGCGUGCAGAGCCAGGUGCACGGGCGCGGGGACGGCUCCUCGGGCGGCUCCACGCGCGACCAGAGCGAGGACCCGCUCAACUCGCCCACCUCCAAGAGGAAGCGGGUCAAGUUCACCACCUUCGCCACCAUGCCCUCGGACGAGCUGGCCUACAACUCCAUCCCCAUCGCCGACGAGGAGGACUUGGAGUGGGUGUGCCAGGACAUGGGGCUGCAGGACCCCGAGGAGCUGCACAGCUACAUCCGCAGGAUCAAGGAGAUGGCUUAACGCGGGCUGGGGGCGGGAGGGAGGGGCUGCCACGCUGUGCCACCGCCUUGUGCCGCCACGCUGUGCCACCCUGUGCCACCACAGUGUCACCACGCUGUCACCUCGCUGUGUCACCUCGCUGUGUCACCUCGCUUCCCCGGGGCCGCACGCCGCGCGCGGCUCCUCCCGCACAUCUCACGUCCCCGCCCGACCAGAGGCUCCUCUGGGGGGUCUUUUUUCAGUUCUGGCCCUUUCCCCACUGGUUCUCCCCGGGAGGCAGCAGCAGCGGCGGCCCCAGCCAGGGGAGCCGGGGGUCACAGCUCAGGGCGUGCGUGGGGCUGUGGGUCCUGCCGCAAGGGGCUGGCAGAGGGCAGAGAUCCCGUUUCCCCCGGCCCCAGCAGGGAGCUGGUGGGGGAGAGAUCCCAAGGGCCUCCCCCAGCCUUUGCUGCGCUCAGUUGCACAAUUUUGGAGGUGAGUGCUGGGUCACCCCGUGGGUUUUGGGGUGUUGGUCCACACUGGGUGAUGCCAGGGGGCACGGUGGCCACGGGGCAUCGCUGUCCCCAAAUGUGCCCCAAAUUCCCGGUGUGCCCCCUGCUUGGGCAGUUUGGGGGUGACCACUUGGGACAUUUGCUGUCCCCAAAUGUGCCCCAAAUUCCCGGUGUGCCCCCUGCUUGGGCAGUUUGGGGGUGACCACUUGGGACAUUUGCUGCCCAUCCUGCCUGUCCCUCUGUCCCAGCCAUGGGGUCAGUGCUGGGUUCCCAGGGUUUGUGCCCCCUCCCAGCGCUGGGAUGUGGCUCUGGGAUGGGAAUGUGGUGUGGGGACACCUGGCCUGUGUCCCAGUGCCAGCCCAGCAGGGAUGCCCGGGGCCAGGCUCAGCCUGUGUGGUGCCUUCUGACUGCCAUAACCCGAUGCCUCCUGGUCCCCCCGUGCUGGUGGCACCUCCCAGCCCCUCUGGCUCACCCAAGGGUCCCCCCAGCCCAGGGCCACCCCACCUCCCACCCCCAGCCUGGGGGGUACCAGGGCUGGCAGGCUGGGGACACUGGGCUGUGCAAUUGUCCCCAUGGGCAUGUGGGGACAGGGACCACCCCAGCAUCACCCACUGGAGGCUGGCAGCAGAUUAUUUCUGGAUUGAGAGUUACCCACCAC